AUGAACAGCGAUUCGAAGCAAGUAAAUACAGCAACGGACAGUCACCACAUUCGCUACCGGUAUUGCCAAAAUCGUCCACUGUAUCGCCGCUCUCGCCAGCUAACUGCCGUGCGUGUUUACUCCGUAGCGAACGAAUCGCGCCAUUUGCUCGUUUUCGGUGUUCCCCAAAUUAAUCUGCUUCGUGAGCUACGGCAGGAGUUCGUUCGGUUCGGUGCAUUGGAAUCGAUCUGCAAUAUUACCGACACCUGGCAUCGGGAACAUGCAGAUUCGGACGAGCUAUUGCUGGAACCGUUCACCGAUGUGUUUCAUGUGUGCUUCGCGAAGCUAGAGAAAGCCCGGCAAGCGAAGAAAUUGCUCGAUGCACGUAACUUUUACGGUGGCAUACUGCACAUUUCGUACGCUCCGGAACGAGAAAGUGUGGAGGAAGUAAGGGCCAAACUGAGCCAACGGCGAGCGGAGGUACGGUAUCGUACGAAACUGGAAGCUCAACAGCAUCGUCAACCACGGAAACCAUCAUCAUCCCGUCCUGGUGUUGGUGUGGAGCAAGGGAUAGCUCCAAACCAACCCGCUACGAAGACUACUAAGAAAGGACGUGAAAGCAACACACGGUGGAAGUAG